CGAGCCGCGUCACACGUGAAACCCUUCGCUUGAGAACCAUGCAUGAUACUGUUAAUUUCCUCGUCGGGUUUGCAAUCUGUUCGGGUUCGAUUCUCGACUCAGUAUCUUUGUUAGUUAUUUCAUAUUCGAAGUCUGGAUAAUUAUUUCUUGUCCGUAUAUUAACUGUAAAAAUAAGUGACGAAUGCGUCUUUCGAGAUACAUACUUUUCAUUCGUAAUAAUUAAAACAUUAACUUUUUUGAUAGACUUGCCUUGUUUUGAAAUAAAAAAAGGAAAGUUGACAGCAAUGACAGUCGUUAAAUUAAAAUCAAAAUAAAUUGAACCGGUAAUGUAAAAUGAACGCCAUAAACCUAAGAAAUAUAUAGAUUGGUAAAAUGAACGAGCUUCUCCAAAAACAUGGUUGUUCCAAUGUGUUUGCGCUUCCCGAAGGACUCAAAGAACUCAUGUCUGAUAUCACGAGAGAGGUGCUCCGGACUCAACCUCCGAAUAUAUGCGAUUUUAUAGCAAAAUAUUUAUCGGUAUUGCUGAUUACCAGAGAACAUGGUAUCCUAGCAGUAAAGAUACUAGAAGACUUAUGCGACUGUAGGCCCUCAGUAUCGGAGCAUCUCCUCCAAUUGGGUAUAGAUAAAAGUGACGCAGAAGUACUGGCCCAAGUUAUCAAAGCCGAGGUGGAAGGUUUCGAGCCUAUGGAGGGAAAAGAAACAUUAAAAGAAACUGAAAUCAUUAAAAAAAUUCUGAAACGGAUGCCUUUAGAUGAGGAAAUGACAGCUAAAGUUUGUCAAGUGGCCAGAAACGCUUACAGAGACUACUGGUACAAGAAAACUUUGAUGGAGAAGGAGCUAAAACCGCAUCCAGAAGAGCCCUGGGAGCUCGCGGCCCAACACACGAUAGAACUGUACAGUAAAACGAAGCCAUCUUUUGAGGAGCUAACGAGAGCAACUCAGAAAAUACAGGCAGCAUAUAAAGGAUAUCACGUACGCAGAAAUUUGCUCCAUCAUCUCAAGCCGAAGAAGAAGACUGAAUCAAAAGUAGAUUUACCUGGACCCCCUCUAGAUAUUGACGGCUCUAGAGAUAUCGAUUUAGGACCCAUCAUUAAUCUCAAAGUUCGUGACGACAAUGUCAAGGCAAUGUUUGAAACAGAAAAUGAAAAUUUAAUCGUAAAUUGUGAUUCUAUAAAAGCAAUAACUCACGUCGAAGAUGAUGGACUAUUUCCGGGAAUUCCUUCCCAAGCGAUCCGACCGAGGAAGGUCUUUGCUCUACAGGAAAAUUUGAUUGAAGACCCAGCGAAAUCGGAUGUAAAAGUCACGGAAACAGAAUCUACAGAUUUACAGCAUGCAGUAGACAAUGCCCAGCGCAGCGUCUCUCUGCCAACCACUAACGCGGUGCAUCAUGAUUUGCCAAUGCGUAAAAUCUCCUUUGCAGAGGUUCCAUCAGAAGUGGAUCCUGCCGAACCAAAAGGCGAACUUGAAGGUUUAAAUAUACCGGAAGAAAUUAUUGAAGAGGAUUCAGCAAAUAGAACUGACACUGAAGAAAAUAUUCAUGAAAUACCCGAAGAAGUUCCAGAUGAUCGCACGGAAGGUGAUGGCGACAGCGCUCCGACUGUUUCUAUUCUAUCAUCGGCACCAGAGACGCCCAACGUCACUGAUGCAGAAGACGUUGAUGAGUUUACUUCUGAAGAAGAGGGAUAAUGGAACCCCCGACAUAUUUAACUGCUUUUUUUUUCAAUUCUAGCUUAAUUAUGUUGAUUUAAAAUGAUGAUGAUUUAAAAAAAGGAUAAAAUAUGUUAAUGAAAAGUCGAACAAAA